AUUUCUCACGGGUAGUUGUAUCUCAUGUGAUUACACAUGUGUUUCCAGUCACCAACUGGCGGCUCGAUUCGCACCGCUUGGCUGGCACAACAGCAGAUGGUCGGACAUGGCGGGUCUCAGUGCUAUGGAAAAGAAAUUAGCGGAGUAUAAGUGUGAUACAAAUGAAGCCAUCAAACUAAAAUUAGUGCGCUUUCCAGAAGACAUUGAAGAUGACAGUGUGACCUUCAAUCCAGAAUACAGCCACCAGUUAUUCGGGGAUGAUGAGGUGGCAUUUGGAUAUAAAGGUCUAAAGAUUCUGCUGUACUACAGUGCUGGAAGCCUGUCCACAAUGUUUCGUGUCCAGUACAGUUCUAAAGUGAAUGACAAGUUUGACUCUGUUCAGGCAGAUGAUGUGGAAAGCAAGGUUCGAGAGAUAAUACCUGCAGGUUUUUGUACCGGUACUGAUGAUUUCAUAUCUUUGCUGGAAAAAGAAGUGAAUUUUAAAGCCUUUGGAACAAUAUUACACACAUAUACCGUACACAAUGAAGACGCUGGUGAAGAUAUUACGUAUCAGAUAUGUAAGACUGAUAUGACCUGUCCAGGCUUCCGGGACUACCAUGAAAGACUCCAGACCUUUUUGAUGUGGUUUAUUGAAACCGCUAGCUUUAUUGAUGUGGACGAUGAACGAUGGGACUACUUUUUGGUAUUUGAGAAGUAUAAUAAGGACGGAGUUACGCUUUUCGCGACCGUGGGCUACAUGACAGUCUAUAAUUACUACGUAUACCCAGACAAAACCCGGCCACGUGUAAGCCAAAUGCUGAUUUUACCUCCGUUUCAAGGUGAAGGGCAUGGGGCCCAGCUUCUGGAAACCGUUCACAGAUACUACCUUUCCUCUCCAAACAUCUUGGAUAUUACUGCUGAAGACCCUUCAGAGAACUUUGUCCGGCUCAGAGACUACGUCCUUGUUAAACUCUGCCAGAAUCUGCCUUGUUUUUCCCCGGAACAUCUUCAAAGUGGGUUUAGCCAAGAAAUGGUGACUGAGGCUCAACAGAAACUCAAGAUAAAUAAGCAACAUGCAAGACGUGUUUAUGAGAUCCUCCGGUUACGUGCUACAGAUAUGAGUAAUCCUGAAAAGUCCAGGGCAUACAGACUCGAAAUCAAAAAGAGACUUGUUGGGCCGUACAAGAAAAAUCAAAGGGAGAUGGCCAAGAUGAGAAGAUGUCUAAAACCAGAGGAACUGACCAACCAGAUGAACCAAAUAGACCUAAAUACUCAGCAUGAACAACUAGAAGAAAGCUAUCAGCAACUUCUUUCAGAAUACAGACGGAUAGUGGAACGGCUCGCUCAGUCAUAACGCAUUCCAUCGCUCUGUACGAAAGUGUUCAGUAUCUUUAAUAUUGCACUUCUACACAGUUUAGCCUUCAAUUUACUACCAAAUUUAAACGCAUUCUCUUAAUUCUGUUACAAUUCUGUGGAAACUCUGAGACGCUGGUCGGAGAUGUCCUUAGAGCACGCAGACUGGAAACCCAGCGCAAGGUGAUGCCUCGAUUUGGCUUAGAAUUAGUGAGUACUCGGGAGGGGAAAGUAGUUUUCCUUUCAAACCACUAAGUGGUAUUGUUGUUAAGAUCUCUGAUUAAUCGUGUUUAGGCUAUUUAAGUCAUUUUAUAUUCCAGAUGGAUUGGACCAUUACAGAAAUGCUUGGAAGGGGAAUUAUAUCUAACAUAAUAUGUGGAUCAGGGUAGUGUUUUAAAAUGUAAACCAGGCCACCAAGGUAUGCCAAUCGCCAUCUAUUCCGUUGGCACUUUCUUUUGUACCGUUUCUUGGGUUUUCUUAUAUGGCCUCCUAAAGGGACACUCCACCCCAUUGUAUGUUUCAGUGCACAUUGAAUUUUAUUGAAUUCCAGUUGGUGCGGGUGCUUUUAUUGCAGUGAAAGAUACCUCUGUCCCAUAUUUCUCCUUCCUGUUUGCUUCUACGUAAGCAGGAAGCGUAUGUACAUGCGCGCGGCAUACUUAAGUAUGCUUUCUGGUUUUCGGUAAAAGCGGGCAGGUGAAGAGGAAGGUGAACACAUGCGCAGAUCUGCAUGCAGUAAAAUACAGUCCAUCGUAAACGACAGAGAUGUGCAUUAGAAAUGAGGGACUUGGGUGUCCCUUUAGCAGUCCUGAUCCAUAAUGCAUAUAUUUAUUUAGCUGGUUUGUAUUCGCGUUGAAUCACACUUCUGUUUUCCAUACAUAGACGAAGCAGUUUGUAUGCAUCCAGUAGCACUUAACUAACGUGGAAUAAACAGUAGUAAAUUGUG